AUUUUAUUUUUUGUUAUGAAAUUAAAAAAAUAUUAUGUAGCUAAAUUUAUUAGUUAAAUUUUUCUAUAAAAUAGCUGUAUUCUUUUUAUCGCUUCAACACGAUGGAGUUGCUCGUGGCAGGAUUUGAUGACAUCAAGUUCAAUGUUGAAAUAGCUUUAGACGAACAACAUGGGGCUUUACCUCUGCCGUUCAAUGGAAUGGACAGUAAUCCUCGAUUUGAACUGCCAGCAUAUCAACAAUAUGAUGCUAAUCAGAAAGAUUCAAAAAAACUUGUAGUUAUAUGUCAUUUUUGUGGUGACACUGGACAUAAAGCUAUGUACUGUCAUAAAAUGGUAUCAGAUCUUGUAAAAAUCAAACCAGAGCUAGAGGUCAACAAUGARCCAUUACCAACAAAUACUCAAGCAGGAUUUGCUAGAAAAUUAAAACCAUUAGAAGAAGUUACAUGUUAUAAAUGUGGAUUUAAAGGUCAUUAUGCUAACAAGUGCCCAAAAGGGCAUUUAGCUUUUUUAUCUUUGCAACAAAACCAGGCACUCCAAAACAACCAAGGUGCAUGAUACAACAAGUGAACCUUAACAUUUUAAUAAACUAGUAAUUAUUUGAUUAUGUA